GUGUACGAACGACAGCACAUGGAGAGAGCGGGAGGAGGUGGGGAGUCUCUGAAUUCAUCAUGACGCCAUAACCCAUCCAGGAUAGAAGUUACGCGACUUGGGGAAUUUAAGCACUAUACACCUACACAUCCCUCAAAUCAAUAACCUCGCAGUGUGAAGCAAACUACUGCUAUACACAGCAGCCAAACCACUCUCUACACAGUCGGCAAAAUCCUAGUUCACCGAGAGAGCACAACCACCGAAGCCAUAAUCACUACAUCUCGAAAUAGGAGUCGACACCUGGCCUGAAAAUGAAGUACAAGCCCCCGCAGGUCGAGGACUAUUCUGAAACGGACAGCACACCGAUCCCCCCGAAGCGCAAGCUCGACCAACGGGAUCCUGGAUCUGGAUCGAGCACUGGACAGGCUAGCGCCCGAGCCGAAUAUGAUCAACCCCCUAGCAAAGCAGCUAAGAAGGGUGUGGAGGGUAAUGAAGGGGCCGAGGAGGAUGUGAUUAAGAGUGCGGCGGGUGAGGAGGACGAUGGGUAUGAUGGGCAGGUUGAGAGUGAAGUUGAUGAUGAGGGGAAGGGGAUCAAUGAUGAGCAGAUGGAAGAAGAUGAUGAUGAUCGACUAGAAAAAGAAGAGGAGGAGGAGGAGGAGGAGGAGGAGGGAGAAGUAGAGGAAGAGGACAAUGACCAAGAAAGGAAUGAAUCAGGAUCAGGAAACUCCACAAUAUCCAAGCCGAAGCUGCAUAAAGCGGUGCAGGACUACGGUCGUCCUCCUCUCUACGGAACGGCCAUCGCAGAAGGAAAACUACAAGGAUCACCAGAUACGCUUCUCGCAAUGGUCAUCGACGCGAUGCUGAAGUCGCGCCCGAUCUCGCAUGACCUUUCGCAGCGCGCGGUCAAUCAUCUGAUUGAAGUUGGGUUUCAUGAUAUCCAGAAGCUGAGCGAAAGUAGCUGGGAAGAGAGGGCGAUGGCUUUGAAAGAUGGCGGCUACAAUCGAUACAGAGAGCAAGGCUCGACGAAUCUGGGGGAGAUGGCGAAUCUGAUUAAUGACAAAUAUGAGGGUGAUCUCAACAAUCUGUUGAGAAAGGCGAACAACGACCGGAAUAAGACCAGGCAGCUAAUCAAGGAGAUCAAGGGUCUUGGAGAUCUCGGAGCGGAUCUCUUCCUCAACAAUGUUCAGAGCGUCUGGCCCUCAAUGGCCCCGUUUAUUGACAGGCGCAGUCUGGAGACGGCAGAUAAGGUCGGGCUGGGCACGGACUUGGAUGCGAUCUAUGCGGAGCUGGGACGCGACUCGGUGAGCAUGAGCCGUCUCGCGAAUGGGCUGUCUGCUGUGAGGCUUGAAAGGAAACAGAGUGAUCUCAUGGCAUUAUGAAUGUUGAAUGUUUACCCAUUUCUACCUGUGUUCCGUCACAUGUCGAAGGUAUAGCUGGAUACAUUUGCUCCGGCCUCCCCUGUCAUAUACCACAACUUGACAUUCCCAUCGGACAGCGUUCACUGGGAUUCUCCACUUAUCAGAUGGUUUUCUGCAUGGGAUCUGA